GCGCGCGGACGCCGUUGGUGACAGUGAACGCGGGCCCUUGUCUCUCCGCCAAUCACAUCGCUCCGCUCCGGUGGUCGCUGCGCGUGUGACCCUCUCGCUCCUUUCCUGCGCUCGCUCCCGGAGCACGCUCCCAUUCCCCGACAGCACUGGCCGGUGGAGGACGAGCGCGCGCCAGCACACAUCGACGCACCGAGCAGCUGACAACAUGGCAUCUGGUGUCACAGUCAGUGAUGAUGUCAUCAAGGUCUUCAAUGACAUGAAAGUGCGCAAAUCUUCUACCUCCGAUGAGGUGAAGAAGCGUAAGAAGGCAGUGCUGUUCUGCCUCAGUGAAGACAGAAAGAAGAUUGUUGUGGAAGAGGGCAAGCAGAUCCUCGUUGGGGAUAUUGGAGAGUCUGUUGAUGACCCUUAUGCCUGCUUUGUGAAGCUUCUACCUCUCAAUGACUGCCGUUAUGGUCUUUACGAUGCCACAUAUGAAACAAGAGAAUCUAAGAAAGAAGAUUUGGUAUUUAUAUUUUGGGCACCCGAAGGAGCCCCUCUGAAAAGUAAAAUGAUAUAUGCCAGCUCUAAAGAUGCCAUCAAGAAGAAGUUUACAGGAAUCAAACAUGAAUGGCAGGUCAAUGGUUUAGACGACAUUCAAGACCGCUGUACCCUGGCAGAAAAACUGGGCGGCAAUGUGGUGGUAUCGUUGGAAGGGAGACCGUUGUAAACUGAAAGACACGUGCCAUAUGGAUCCCAGACACUUCCAUUUUAGCAGCUCUGUUAGUAUCAUUUGAUCCUUUUGGAAUAGGUUUUGCUAUUUUGUUUUGCUUGAUUUCCCCCGCUUUUGUGUGUUGUUUUCACACAAAGAAGGUCUCAUUAAAAAAGCGUACCGGUUAUUCUCUACCGGUAGUUGACUUUAUCAGUUCCUGGUAGGUUUCAAAGGAAAAAAAAUGUAAAAAGUCAAGGAAUAUAUUUGUGUCAUACAUUUUGUUGAACAAAAAGAAAACGAUGCCACAAUCAGAGAAGAAUGCUGAAGCCAAUACAUGAAAAAGGCAUUGCUUGCAUUCCUUGUCACAAAUACAGACAAAUGUUGAGUAGCUUAGAGCAAAGCAAGGAGAGUAGGCUUUCUCCUCAUGCCUUGACAGUUGUGUGCACUAUCCAGGUGCUAGCCAAUAUCUAAUAUAAACAGUUUGCACUUGGUUGAAUUUUUCCAUGACGCUUAUGUGUAACUGUCUUGUUAGCAGAGGGUUUUGACAGGGAAAAUUGUUUUACACUAUGCAUUCAAAAGCACUUUUUUGUAAUUAUUUUAUUUAAACACUUCAAGCUAAAAGGAAUAGGGAACUACAUAUCUAUAGACUUUCUGUAUUUGUGUAUUAUAGGAAUUGAAGUUACCUCAGUUUUCAUUCCUGUUACGCAUAUGAAAAAGGAAAGAACUGUGUCGCUGUUAUGUGGCCUUCUUGUUUUCAUCCAAAUGUACAGGACACCACAGACUAUAAGAAGGAGGUGAUGCUUGCAGAUCUGCAACACUAAAAAAAAAGAAUCCACACAAUCAGUAAGAAUGGCAUUACCUGUGUGAUUCAAGCCUUAAGUGGAAUAAUGUUUUUUGAGAUCAGUAAAGUUGCCACUUUGCAAUAAAAAAAAACUUGUGGCUGAGAAUAAUGACAUGCAUUGUUUCUUUCUAAAAUUAUUGACUUAGACUUAGAACUUUAUACACUCCAACUAUGGAUGUCAGAGAAAGUCUGAGACAAGAGCAAAUAUUAUAG